UGAAAAUAGAACUUGAUGAAGAAAUUUAUCAACAAUUAAUUAUAUGCAAGAAUGAACCCUGUACAAUUUUUCAAACACGAAGAUCCAUCCCUCAUUCUCCAAUAUCUCAGUCACCACCUUCCCGCCACAAUCGCAAUCUUCCACCGCAUACAAUCACCGCAAAACGCCCCAGAACGACACGCUUGUCUUUUUGCGAGCUUUCCUCCAAAUUCUAGUCUUACUGAACUAGACUUACCCGUGACAGUCUCAUUCGUCGAUCGCUCUCGCCAUAAUGAGGCCCAACUAGCAAUCUUCAAUUCGCUCUGCUUACAAGUUAAACGACCAGAAGAUUUGUCCAAAGAGUCUUAUCAACUGCUGUCUGACCACUUACGCCAGCUUUUGAAGGCUAUUAAGGAUAUCGGGGACAGCUUUGCUACAGCAGAUAUCAAGCCACUCAACUACCCAUUCUCGUCGACGCUGCGAUCCACAGCGUUGCACGAAGUGAUAGCAACCGUGCUCGUGAAUAACCUGGGACAAUCCAAAGUCUACCACUACCUAUGGGACCAAUGGCUUUUCUCAACGGCGACAGUCAAGGACCUGAUAUUAUCUCGCCGACUACCCGAGGGUUAUGAACUGGGAAAAGUGCCGCCAGAACAAAUUGAUUUGGUGGUCAGCACAUCCAAGGUGAAACGACAAGCCACGACGCUACUAUCAAACCCGAAUUCAGCAAUCCUAUUCACCAAUAAGAAGACAAAGCAGAAAGAAGCUGUUGCAUGGGCACAUCUGACAGUUGACAAGUCGCUGUCCACAUUAUAUGUGCUGCCCGAACAUCGUGGCAAAGGCUUGGCUAAGAUGGUGGCCGGGUCGCUGAUACGAGAUCUGUGUGACGGCACCUUGGACUCGGAGAAGACACAAAGCGAUUGGUGUAUUGCUCAGGUAGCAGCUGAUAAUGUAGAAAGCCAAGCUGUCUGCAAGUCUUUGGGUGCUGAGUUGGACGUGCGAACCGCAACUGUAGGCAUCGAGUUGGAUAGCUUUGUUGAUGAUAAUUGGAGGAUUUAGUCGACAAGUAGCUCACUCUAGAACAGCACACUUUAUGACAGUAUCCCAAUAUUCAACUUUCGGAUCAAUUACA